UGGCGCACGUUGCUUGAGUCAGCUGUGUACCUUGAUGUAUCCAAACCUCAAACUUUGAACGAUAAAGAGACCGGUUUUUUAUAAAAUCUUCUCCGCGACGUUGACAAGAGAUAGAAUCUAUCGUGAAUUAUCUAAUCGUUCGCCAACUAAUUUUCCAUGAGUGUGUUAACGCAGAGACUGAAUCGCCUGCGAUGUACGUACUCGAUGUUAAGAUUUUGUGACAAGGGCAACUAUGUCCAGCGGAUGAGCGGCACGCUGUUGAAGCGCGGUCUCGGUAAGCAUUUGACGCGUACGUCACAAAAAUACCAUGUGGCGUGCAAUUUGCAUCAGUAUCGAGAAUUCGCGGUACUCUCCGCGGAUCGUCAGCAGGUCGACAUCGCUCCUCAACGGAUCGCCAAUGACAGCGGCAAGAGUACUAGGCCGGAGAAAAUGCAGGAAAAUGAGUAUGCUCGCAAGCUGUUUCUGAAUUCGAUCCACUAUUCGAAGACCGUGAUGAAGCCGAUUACGACGCACUCUUACGUCACGAAUGAGAAGGCCCUGGAGCUCCUGGAGCAGGAUUGGAGCCUGAUGACGAGCGAAGAGAUAUUGUCGGCCAUCAAGAAGCUGUCCUAUAAUACUUAUUGUAACAAAGACCGCAUCGAUCCGUUGAAAUACAUGAAUGCUUUCAAUGCGUUGCGUAUAGAGAAGAUGAGCGAUAACGAUUUAAAGAUAAUGAUGCGGCACCUAGUACCAUUUCACAAUUUUUUAAAACAUAGUUUAUAUAACAGAUUUUGCGAACGUCUGGACAGAGUGUGUGUAAAGCGUUUCUUGCACCUGAAGUUUGAUGAGAUGCUAUUACUCUGCGAUGUGAUAUAUCAGAUGAUGCAUAGCAAUAAAUCUGAAUAUAUUUGCUAUGCCAUGAGGAAAUUAGGUAACAAACCUAAUAAGCUCACUUCGAAACAACUAGUACAGGUUUUAUUCUUUCUGAAUGUGUGUCGAAAGCCACCCAUAAACAUGUACGAGCUUGAAUAUUAUUUAGAGUGGUGGAUGAAUGACUUGUCGAUCAAUGAGCUGGCAAUAGCGAUGUUAGGUUUCUUCAAAACUGGUACGCGAAUUAGAAAUAUCAUCUUUCUAGAAGGAAUCAUAAAAAAAACUAUCGCUGAAAUAGAGUUUGUGGACAGCGUCAGUAUCGGAGCACUCUUCAAAUUGAUACGAUUUAGUAUGCAGCUCACGGUAAUCCCUACGUUUCAGGAAUUAUUGAAAGCUGUGAUUCCGCACGAGCCGCGUUUUACGCUGAUGUCUCUGACACACAUCGCACAAGCUUGUGGGAAGGUCUCGUUAUAUAAUAAGGAGCUCAUAGAUAGAAUAAUUAGAAGAUUUAAUAACGAAAUAAAAACCGCGAGACUAAAGGACUUCGAGAGAUUUAUGUUGGUGCUUGCUAAUUUCAACUUUGAUCCGAGCAACAAUAUCUAUCAAAAUGUGAUCGAAGAACUCAGGGCCUCUUGGGACACAAGGCGAGCUCAGGAGAUAUCAGAGCAUCCACAAGUAGCUUCACGUAUUUUAGGAUAUUUGGCGGUGUUAAGUAUAUACCCCACGGAUCUGAUUGGACGUGUCAUGACGCGCGAACAUCUUGACAAAAUAUGCCACGGCCAGUAUAUUUACCUCACACGCGAAUAUUGCGUGCUGGACUAUAGCCUCCGGCUGGAAGUACCCGACUACAACGGGCCAUUCCUUAAGCCCUCUAUAUGUGAUUUUUUAGAAAAAAAAUAUUUCCAGGAAUAUUCCAAGACUGGCUCGGCGGAAUCGAGCCGGGGGAAUCAGCUUUGUACAAGCGUGUUACAAACGUGUCAGGAAUUGUUUAACAGUACAUCGAACAUAUCAGUUGUCCGACCGUUGCCACAUUACGCGCCGCCGGACAUCGUCUUCUGUCUGGACGAACAGAAUCAGCUCGUACCAUUGGAGGAAUUUCUAUCCCAGUUUCAAACGAGUGAGAUCAUGCGUGUGGACAAAGAAACUUCGAAGAAUGUCAGAUGGAUUGCUCUCGUUAUGGCUCCUCAUGGACUUCUAAUGAGGAACAAUGAUUUACCUACCGGAAUGUUAGCUGCUAAACUAAGACAGUUGUCCAUAAUUGGAUAUACGCCAAUCAUGAUAUCAUAUAUUUCUUGGAACAAAUGUGCAUCAACGGAGGAGAGAUGUCAUUACAUCAAAAAGCUUGUAUUUAGAAAUAAUGCAUCAGGAUUGUCCAACAAAUAAUAUCACGAAUAUUUCUCGCAUCACUUUAUAUUUAACUAAUAAACUUUAUAUUUUGAUUUGCGAGUUGUUAAAUAUAGGUCACUAAGUUCCAUCUUCCAUUAUUUACAUUUCUGUAUAAUGGCUCACAUGUAAAAAUAGUUGUAUAUUAACUGAACGAUCCUUAUUACAAUCUUUCCUACAUUCUUGUAUAAUCAUGUAUAUAAAAAAUUAGGAGAAAAAUAAUUAUAUAUUUGACUACCUCUCUCUUA